AAAAGUAAAGGAAAAGAAAAAAGAAAAGAAAAAAGAGAGAUCUUGAUUGCAUGAUCUCCAUUAGAGAAGGAGGAGGAGGUGGAGGAGGAAGAAUCUGAAUGAGAGAAAAAUGACGACAAUGAAAGAAAAGUAGAGAACAUAUUAGAGUAAGGGAAAGGAAAAGAAAGUAGAGAAGAAAAGAAACAACGGUAAAAGGAAGAAAGACGGAUUGAUCCUUUUGUAGAGAUAUAAAAGGAGAAAAUUUGAAGGACAAUGGAGGAGAGGGUGGGGGAUUUGAGGGUUCCUCUGAUCUCUUCCUUGUUCUGUCUUUGUUUAUUAACUGGUGGUGUCCUCCUUGUUCUCUACCUUUUCGUGCCUGAUUACUCUCAGCCGUGGUUUGCUCCUGCAGGAUUGAUCUUGGUUGGUUCUCCUUACAUAUUUUGGCUCCUGACUUACAUUUACACCUGUUUGAAACACUGCUGUUUUGGCAACAGCAGCAUUGAUGACAACCGCCAGAUUUCAAGGCGGACCUCAAGGGCUGCCACAAUGGGGAAACCUGGUGUUGCCAGGACUGAUUCCAAGGCAAACUCUGCUACUUCUAAUAGCAAUAACAUCAAUGAUGGUAAACAAUAUGGAGGAGAUUCAUCAUCUACCAACUCCGCAAAGGAAAUUGAGAUGCCUUUAGCUGUAUGAAUAUGAAUCGACAUUAUGCAUGAGCUAAAGCAUGAAAGAUAUAUUAAUAAAUAUAUAAUCGAAGGAUCAUGUCAUCAUUCAGGAGCUGUUAAGGAUGGCGAAGAUUGCGCGCAAAUGGUGAAUGUAAGUAGAAAUAGCAGAAAAUGAUAUUUAACUUUGUCUUGGUAUUUACAAAAAUUGAACAAACCAAAAAUUGCUCUUCUUGUUUCCUAGGCAGCUGUUCUCUCUUAUUUCCUAUUAUAUUUCCUCCCUUGUUUCCUGCCCUAACUUGUCUCAGUUUUUGUUGAAACUUCAAUUUCAACUAAAUACAUAAUGAGAUAAAUUUAACAUAUAGUAUAUACUCAUAUUUAUUUA